AUGAGUGGAAUCGUAAGAAAUAAAGUUUGUGCAUUUGGGUUGAAGAACUUGUUAAAAUCAACCUCGAUGAACAGAAUAAUAACCUCACAAGUUUCCCGCUCGCUCUGGCACAUGUCUAAUACAAUUAAUAAUUAUGGAAUUGCAAAUUCAGCAGUUGUUAAACAACACCAGCAACAAUUAAACUGUAAGAACGGACACAAUUACCAGUGCCGGUGCUCCCAGCACACAAAAGCCGAAAAAGAGUUGAUCGAGUUCCUCGCCGAGGAGAUCGUUGCCGAGAAAAAAGCCCAGAAGUCCAAAACAAUUCCAACUGAGCUCGACGGAUUCGCAGUUUCCCUGGACGGCGCCAACGUUACCUUGGUAAAAAAAGUUAACGAUGAAAAAAUUAGAAUUGCAUUUAAUGUCAACCACACAGUCGACACCGAGAGCGAGCCCGAAAUUGACCCCAGCGAGGACAAACCCAACUUCGGGGAAAUGAAGAGCAAGCCGAACUUCACCGUUGAUAUUGUUCGUGGAAACCAGACUCUGGGGCUGACUUGUUCUUUUAAUAAUGAGUAUGGAGCUUCUGGAGCCGAUGAUAGUUACAAUGACUGCUUUGGGAUUGAUGAAGUUACUUUGUACGAGGGAGAGCACAGCGACAAGGUCUACGCCGUAGCUGGGGAAGUCAUUGAUGGAUACUUGUAUGAUUUGAUGAUGAACUACUUGGAAGAAAAGGGCAUUUCUAAUGAGUUUGCUGAGAAACUCGUUGAACUGAGCACCAAUUACGAGCACAGCGCUUAUAUUAGUUUAUUGGAAGGUUUAUCUAAGUUUACUACUCACAAAUAA